AAUGUGAGAACUUCUUGGAGGAUGGGCUGAGCAGCGUCUGCGCCUCGUCACAAGGUGUCCUUAAAAGAGAGUCCGGGAGUGAGUCCGACCUCUUCCCCUUGCCUGGUGAUGGGAUGGAAGACCUUGUCUUUGGAAAGCCUGAAGAGGAGCAGUCUGCAUGCGAUAUCACCAGCUCCAGUUCCUCUGCAGAUGACACCAUGUCCCUGGAGAGGAACUCAUCCCUGGGCAGCGACACGUCCCUUCCCUUCCCACCGACAGUGAACUUCAUCCAGCCCAAGGAUGGGCACAGCCUGGAUGGCAGCUGCACCAACAUGGUGGCCACAGAGGGAGAGAAGGAGGAGGAGCUGGACAGUAUCACGGAUGUGCCCACUCAUUCCUCCGUCUUACGGAACUCCAUGCGACCGCUGUCACCUUUCCGUCGACACAGUUGGGGGCCAGGGAAGAACGCCACCAACGAAGCAGAAAUUAAUCAGAGAAGUUCAAUGCGAGUUCUGGGGGAUGGUAUAAAGAAGCCUCCCAUUCAUAGGAGAAGUUACAGCCUAGAAGGCCUUGUUGGUGACUCUGGUGAGAACAAGAAGCCCUCUGGAAACUUGGAGGCUUCUUCUCUGAGCUCCAAAGACCUCAGACGGAGUCCGCUUGCCAGCAAUCAGUGCGGGUCCCUGGUCUUACUCUCUGAAGAACUCGAGCAGAGGGAAAUCAGAGACUAUGAUCACCAGAUGCAUCAAACAUCGCAGCCGCAAGGAUUUAAUUUCUGUUCUUCUGCUGUUUCAUCUCCACUGACCAAAUCUAUGUCUCUAAUGUCAAUUAACAAACCAGUACCAGACACCCAGGGACGGACUCGACCAUCGAGACGAAUCUCCUUCUCCUUCAGCAUCUCUCCACUCAUUCCUAAGUCUAAAACUCUCUUUUCUAUUGGCUCUUCUUCCAGUGAUGAGGAGGAGGAGUUGGAUAAUACGCAGGUGUUCGUCGGCCCCCCGGGUUCCUCAGUUCAGAGCGUAUCUGAAGAGAGCAGCAGUGUCCACACUAGUAAAGGUGGAACGAAAGUCAGUCGCACCUUCAGCUAUCUCAGGAAUAAAAUGUCCAGCAGCAAGAAGAGCAAAGAAAAAGAGAAAGAUAAAGAGAAGACUAAAGAGAAGGACAAAGAUUCCAAGGAGAAGGAAAAAGAUAAGAAGCUGUUAAACGGACAUCUCUUCACUGCAACUUCUGUUGUAGCCCAAGCAACCUGUUACCACUGUAUGAAACCUUUCAAUAAGGAUUCGUACUACUGUGCAAACUGCAAUGCAAUUGUUCACAAAGGCUGUAAGGAGAGUUUUGCUUCCUGUGCAAAGGUCAAAAUGAAGCCGCAGAGAGGGAUGCUGCAGGCCCAUGAUACCUCUUCAUUACCCACAGUAACCAUGAGAAACAAAAGUUCACAACCAAAGGAGCGCCCUCGCUCUGCAAUACUUGCUCCUGAUGAAAACACCAUAACCUCAAUAUUCAAUAACAGGAGAUCACAACAGACUACGGCACUUUCAAAAAGUGUCUCAAUACAGAACAUUGCAGGAGUUGGGAACGAUGACAGCUUAUUACACACUUGGAAAUUCCUGUCGCAGUCAACAGACUCCUUACAUAAAAUCAGCCGGGUGAAUGAAUCCAUGGAGUCACUGGUUGACGAAGGUGCAGACAUGAACGAAGGACAGCUGAUGGGAGACCUGGAAUUAGAUUCCAAGCAGCUGGAGGCAGAGUCCUGGAGCCAAGUAGUGGACAGCAAGUUCCUACAGCAGCAAAACAAAGAUGUUGUCAAACGGCAAGAUGUCAUUUACGAGCUAAUGCAGACAGAAAUGCAUCACGUCCGCACCCUGAAGAUCAUGAACGAUGUAUACAGUGCAGGGAUGUUAAAGGAACUGCAGUACGAUCAACAAGUUGUGGACAAGAUCUUUCCCUGCCUGGAAAACUUGCUGCAUAUCCACAGUCACUUCUUCCAGCGGAUUCUGGAAAGGAAGAAGGAGUCAUUGGCAGACAAAAGUGAAAAGAACUUUGUUAUCAAGAGGAUAGGUGACAUCCUGGUGAAUCAAUUCUCCGGUGAGAAUGCCAAGCGAAUGAAGAAAACAUAUGGGAAAUUCUGUGGGCAUCACAAUGAGGCAGUAAAUAACUUCAAAGAUCUGUACGCAAAGGACAAGCGGUUUCAGGCAUUUGUCAAGAAAAAAAUGAGCAGCUCCCUGGUGAGGCGUCUUGGGAUUUCUGAAUGUAUCUUGUUGGUAACACAGAGAAUCACAAAGUACCCGGUCCUUUUACAAAGGAUUCUGCAGUACACCAAAGAAAAUGAAGUGGAACAUGAAGACCUGACUCAGUCAUUAAACCUUGUUAAAGAUGUGAUCGCUGCAGUCAAUAGCAAAGUCAGCAAUUACGAAAAGAAAAUGCGUCUUGGUGAGAUUUACAACCGGACAGAUAGCAAGUCCAUCAUGAGGAUGAAGAGUGGCCAGAUGUUUGCAAGAGAGGACUUGAGGCAUCGGAAGCUCAUCCGAGAUGGGCCUGUUUCACUGAAAAAUGCAGCUGGCCGGUUAAAAGAAGUCCAGGCUGUUCUCCUCUCUGACGUGCUCGUAUUCCUUCAGGAGAAGGACCAGAAGUAUGUCUUUGCCUCACUGGACCAGAAAUCCACUGUGAUCUCUCUGAAGAAGCUGAUCGUACGAGAAGUGGCUCAUGAAGAGAAGGGUUUGUUCCUGAUCAGUAUGGGUGUAAAAGAUCCUGAAAUGGUGGAAGUCCAUGCCAGCUCCAAAGAAGAGCGUAACGGCUGGAUACAGAUCAUUCAAGACACAAUGAACACCAUGGAUAAAGAUGAAGACGAAGGAGUCCCUUGUGAGUCUGAGUUUGAAAAGAAAUUGUCGGACGCAAAAGUGAGAGGAUUGAAAGAACAACUUCAGCAGAAGGAUAAGCAGAUCCUCCUUUUGCUGGAGGAGAAGGCUAAGAUCUUCCGGGACAUGGCAGACAGUCCUGUGCAGGAGGACAUGCCAGGCUCCAGGCUGCUCUUCAGAGCCAACACAGAAGAGGCACCAAAAGGAGAGGCCAUUAUGAAAACCGCAAUAAAUGAAGUUGAACUGCUGCAAGACCUGGUGAACAGGAGCCUGGGCACUGCCCUUGGACAGCAGGUCAGCAGCACCGCCAUGGAACAAGAAGGAGGAGUUGGCCCCAUCUCUCUCCCUAGAAGGGCAGAAACUUUUGGAGGAUUUGACAGUCAUCAGAUGAACUCCUCCAAGUGUGGAGCGAAAGAUGAAGGCGACGAUGCUCAGGACCUUCGGAGAACAGAGUCAGACGGUGUUUUAAAGAAGGGUGGAAAUGCAAAUCUGAUGUUCAUGUUGAACAGGAAUAACGAGCAGGUCCUCCAAAGCAUUACCAACCUCCAUAAGCUGCUCAGUGCUUUGCAGGGCGUCGUGCUGCAGCAGGACACUUACAUCGAGGACCAGAAGCUGGCCCUGAGUGAGAGGGCUCUGACCCGAAGCUUCUUCCGGCCAACCUCGUUGCUGGAGCAGGAGAAGCAGCGCAACCUGGAGAAGCAGCGCCAGGAGUUGGCCAACCUGAAGAAGCAGCAGACACAGCACCAGGAGGAGAGACGGAGGAGAGAGAAGGAGUGGGAAGUCCGGGAGAAGGAGCUGGUGGAGCAGGAGGCCCACCUGGCCCAGCGAGAGGAGCAGAUCCAGAGAGGGUGGCAGGAUCUUGAGCGGGAGCGAGAGGAGCUGCAGGUGAAGAAGGCCUCCUACCAGCUCGACCUGGAAAGGCUUCGCACAGCGCAGAAGCAGCUGGAAAGGGAGAAGGUGCAGUUCAAGCAAGACGUGGAACGAGUUUCAAAUCUACAUGAGAAACUUGCAAGAGUCCCCUCCCAGUCCAGCAUGGAUGACUCCUCCAAGCAGAAGAGCCCUUCCCUUCCUAAACAAGGGCACUUUGAUGCAGAACUGUCUGUCUCCCCCAAAAGGAACAGUCUUUCAAGGACACACAAAGAGAAAAGCACUUUCCAUUUGCUUAGCACAACAAACCAGACUAACAAGGCAGCUGAGGAACAGCCCCAGAUGCCUACCCGCCUCUUCAGUUUAGCCAAACCAAAGGACAAGAAGGAAAAGAAGAAAAAGGGCAGAGGACAUCGCUCCCAGCAGUCUGAUUCUCAUUCAUCAGAAGCACCUCCAGAGGGUGAGGAGAUCUUCUGCUGAGCACGAACGGUUCCAUCAGUCACUCUCGGCAUUGGUACAGCGGACAUCUCCUUGCCUGCAUCUGACAAGCAUCUGGAGAUUUUAAAUAAAACAUGUUAUGAAGUCUGUUAAGUGGUGGGAAAGGGCCUCUCUCCUGUGGUUUUGCGUGAAUUCUCACUGCAGAGGCUGACUACAUGGCAAAUAGUACCGUCUCUCUGUGCAAACCUUGGGUUAAAUGGAUUGGGAUAGAUGUUUUCUGUCUCUUCUUACUACUAAAGGAUGAGAGAACAUAGCCUUAAGGGGUCUGUGCCUUCAAAUUCCCCUUUUCUGGGGAACGUAACCAAAACCAAGCAUUUAGUGAAAGAUUAGGACUCUACAAAUGGUGCGUACACACUGGCAUAUAUAGAUAUACUGUAUAUAUACAUAUAUGUAUCUAUGUAUCCACUGGGAUAUGCUUACAGUCUGUACAGCCAAGCUUAGCUCGGCCCAUGGGGAUAGAUGAUACCUGAUGACUUUCAGGGAGCGUGUAGAUAUUAAAUAUCUUGCCCAUACUGCUCCGGGUGUAACGCCAUUGACUUGCACGCUCCUUUUGUGCUCAUGGU